GCUGAGCGCAGCUGCCUGGAGCCUCUUCUGUUCGCAUCCCUACACUGCCUUCCCCGCCGCCGCCCCGGCUCUGCCGCUCCCUGGGAGGUUCGGGGCACUUAGGUCCCUCUUUCACCCUUGGUUUGGCAUCACCUUCUCCUGACCUGAGCAGUCGCCAUGGCACAGGUUCUUAGAGGCACCGUGACUGCCUUCCCUGGAUUUGACGAGCGGGCUGAUGCGGAAACUCUUCGAAAGGCCAUGAAAGGCCUGGGCACUGAUGAGGACAGCAUCUUGACUCUGUUGACCUCCCGAAGUAAUGCUCAGCGCCAGGAAAUCGCCGUGGCUUUUAAAACUCUAUUUGGCAGGGACCUUCUGGAUGACCUGAAAUCAGAACUGACUGGAAAAUUUGAAAAAUUAAUCGUGGCUCUGAUGAAACCUUCUCGGCUUUAUGAUGCCUAUGAACUGAAGCAUGCUCUGAAGGGAGCUGGGACAGAUGAAAAAGUACUGACGGAAAUUAUUGCUUCAAGGACACCUGAAGAGCUGAGAGCCAUAAAACAAGUUUAUGAAGAAGAAUACGGCUCAAGCCUGGAAGACGACGUGGUGGGGGACACGUCAGGGUACUACCAGAGGAUGUUGGUGGUUCUCCUUCAGGCGAAUAGAGACCCUGAUGCUGGAAUUGAUGAAGCACAGGUUGAACAAGAUGCUCAGGCUUUGUUUCAGGCUGGAGAAUUGAAAUGGGGGACAGAUGAAGAAAAGUUUAUCACCAUCUUUGGCACACGAAGUGUUUCUCAUUUGAGAAGGGUGUUUGAUAAAUACAUGACUAUAUCAGGAUUUCAGAUUGAGGAAACCAUUGACCGAGAGACUUCUGGAAAUUUGGAACAACUACUCCUUGCGGUUGUGAAAUCUAUUCGAAGUAUACCUGCCUACCUUGCAGAAACCCUCUACUAUGCCAUGAAGGGAGCGGGGACUGAUGAUCAUACCCUCAUCAGAGUCGUGGUGUCCAGGAGUGAGAUUGAUUUGUAUAACAUUAGGAAGGAGUUCAGGAAGAAUUUCUCCACCUCUCUUUAUUCCAUGAUUAAGGGUGAUACGUCUGGGGACUAUAAGAAGGCCCUCCUGAGGCUCUGUGGAGGGGAGGACGACUGAGGGAGCAGCCGCGGGGGGUCCUGCGCGGUGGUGCCCGUCCCGCCGCCAGACCUUCCGUCGCAUCUCCCUGCACUUCGUGUAUGCCAGUGCCUGACGCAUCGCCUUAUUCAUACUAGCAUGCUAAUGACCAAAACAUACAUGUCACAGAAGAAAAAUAGUGGUGCUUCUUGCUGAUGUUCAGUAAAGCUCUUUCUCUUCGUCUGUUGUAGUACUGAAGCGUACUUAAUGUUACUAAAGUCUAAAGUCUGGGUCAUUUAGAUGUUCUUUUAAAAGAUCUGACUGCUUUUAGCCUUUUUAUAAAAACUUCAUUUAUAUUAAAUUGAUAACUGUAUUUCCUUAAUCGGAACCUUAGCUUUAAAAUGAUGAGCUCUGGAAGUGUGAUUAAUCAAGUUUGCUACUAAACUAAACCUGAAAUGUUAACAGUGGUUGCAUUCAAAAGAUUAAUGAGAAAUAAACAUUUCCUUCCCGCUGAA